UUUCCUUUCUACUUUUUCCUUUCUUUCUUUUCUUUUAUUUUCUUUUUUUUUUCUUAAAAUUUAUUAUCAAUAUAAUGCAACUAUAAUUCAUGGCGACUACUACUAUUAUUACCACUACAACAAAAAGAAAACAACCUUUUAUUAUGGAGAAAUCAUCAUCUAGGGUGAUGAUCAGUUCAUAUGACUUAUUAUCAUCAUGUCAACCGUGGCUUAGUGUCAAAUCAAAUCUUUACGAAUGUUGGUUAUGCGUUUACGAACCGAUAUUUUGGUUAGUUUAUUCAAUCUUUUGUUCAAUGGAAGCUCAUCAUAAAUAUCAAAAGAAUCAAGCCAUCAUUGAUACUAUGGUAUACACUUAUGAAGAAGAAGAACGAGAAAGACAUGAUUAUUGGCUGGCCAAUAAUAAUUCUAGUGAUUCAAAUGAAAGUAAUAACACCAAUACUACUACGACUACUACCAUGAUUACUACAACAGAUACACCUACUAGUAGUGAUGAUGAUUAUUCCGCAUCUAUUCGAUCCACUAAAUCAUUCAAACAUACAAUCAAAGGUCAUUUUCAAACUUUUCGACAAAAACAACAAACAUUGAAUCAAGCUAUGAAACGAUCUUUAUUAAGAAAAGCUAGUAAAACUUCUUUACCUCCAGCUAUUGAACUUCCUCAUGACAUUGAAAUCAAACCAUCUAAAUCUACAUGUUCAACAGCUUCGUCUCCUCCUUCUUUAUUAUCAUCACCCUUAUCAUCAUCACCAACAUCUAUGCACGAAUUUAGUUUUGAUCAUCAACAAUGUAACAACAACAAACCUAAGCAAGUUCAUCCAUUGGCUUUAGAGGCGCGGACAUCACUUUCAGAUUCACUCCUAAAAUCACUCAAUAAGAAAAGGAAACAGCCAUCGUUGCCACUACCACCACCUCCACCACCCAUCACCAUCGUUUCCUCUUCAAGUAAUCAAAGCAACAACGUCAACUUUAAUCAUCAUUAUUUAAGCAAGGAGUCAUCCUCCUCUUUUUCCCCUUAUUUUGAUUCCUCUUCCUCUACUCUUCUUACCCCUCCACCUGCUUUUUAUCAUCGUCGGAAGACUGCCCCUGAGAUCGUCAGCCUAUCAAAAAAGUAAAAAAGAUUUUUUUUUAUUAUUUAUGAUGGUUUCCUUUUUAGGUACCCUGAC